UUAUUAUCUGUUUCAUAUUCUGCGGCCUAAAUUCAAACAGUUAAUGGAUUUUAUGUGAUCUGUGAGAUAAUUAUUAUCUUUGAUAAUAACGUUAAUAUACGAUAACAGAAACAUUUUGUAAGAUUAUUCAGUUUGAAUAAAAACAUGUCGACAAUUGGAGAAAAAUAUGAUACUCAAGAUUAUUCUGAGAAACAAGAUGAUCUUGAGAAAGAAGACGAUGUUGAUAAACUAGCAGAUCCAGAUGAAUUGUAUGGUGUCCGUGAUGGUAUAAUCUUUUUGAUUGAUACUUCUCCUGAAAUGUUUAACAAUAAUAAGGAAGGAAAACCAUUUUUUGUAGAGUGUAUAGAGAAAUAUAUUCAUAUACUGAAACAAAAAUUAGUUUGGAACAGACAAGAUUGGAUGGGUUUAAUAUUUAUGGGUACGGAAACGUGCGAUAUAAAAACAAAAAUAGAAAACAUUGCGUUAAAGAAAUUUUCUCUUAUUAAUAUAAAUAAAUUAAAAGAGGCCGAAAAAAUACGAGAUAAUUGGAAGGAUUAUAAAAAUAUGAGCUCCUCUGUAAAUUAUCCUCUUCAUGAUGCCUUAUGGCAUGCAAGUCAAAGUUUUAUUAGUUUUCGUAAUGUAACAAUGUCUACACGUAGAGUUAUAUUAUAUACGUGUCACGAUGUUCCACCAUUGACUGAUGAAAAGGAAAAAAGUCGUAUCAGAGAUAAAGCAGCCUCUUACAAUUAUUUGGGUAUAUCACUUUAUGUAGUUGGUUUGGGUGAAACGUGGAACGUUGAACAUUUUUUCAAAGACAUUGAAAUGCUUUCCAAGAAUAUUAAUGAAGAGGAUUAUCAAAGAACUUCUUACAGAGAUUUAUUGCAACAAGUAAAACGGCCAUCUAAACGUAUAGCAAAAUUACCUUGGAGAAUUGGCAAUCAUGUCAUAAUAAAUGUAGAUAUAUGUAAUGUUUGUGUUAAGCAUCAAGAUGUGAAAAAAAUGACAAUGAAUUCAGAAAAUAAUGCUCCUCUGAUUGCAUAUACAUAUCAUCGAAAAAUGUAUUCUGAAAAUACAGAAAAUGAGGAAGAUGAUGAAGAUGUAGAUAAAGAAAUUUUACUAUCUACAGAUUUGAGAAAAAUGAAAGAAUUUGGUGGAGAAAAGAUCUAUUUUACAGUGGACGAAAUUAAAACUUUUAAUAAUAUUUUUGAAGUGGGAAUAGAUAUGAUCGGCCUUAAACCUUUUUAUUGUGAUCCAAUGUAUCACCUCCAUGCACCUUAUUUUGUUUCUUGUAAUAAAAAUUGCAGUGAAGGUGAACAAUUAUUAUUUGCCGCUUUAUUACAUAAAUGUAAAGCAAGGAAUCUUAUAAUAAUAUGUAGAGUAACUUUGAGAAAACAUUUUGGAUCAUAUUUAUACAACAUGAUGCCAAUAUCUGAUAAAGGAGGAUUUUAUUUAUACAAAAUACCAUAUAAUGAAAAUGUAAAUAAUUUUACUGAAGAAAUGUAUCAGUAUACGUAUAAUGAUCAAGAUAAAACAGUUCCAAUUAAUUAUGAAGGUGUUGAAUUGUUUGAACAAAUUAUUGAAAAAUCUAGUAAAAUUUAUGAACCAGAAAAUUUUCCAAAUCCUAAAUUAUCAUAUAAAUUGCAAAGUGUGGAGACAUUAGCUUUGGAUCUUGAUGUACAAGAUCCUCCAAAGGAUGAAACACUUCCCAACGAAGAUUUGCUUCGAGAAAGAAUAGGUGAUUUAACAGAACAAGUUAAUGACUUAUUUAUGCUGGAAGAAGAUUUUGGUCCAUCGCGCAGCAAAAAACCUAAGAAAUCUAAUAAGAAUACCAAUUAGUUCUGAUGAGAUAAAGAUAUUUUUUUGAGCUUACGAAACAAAAUAAGUUAUUAUAAAUUAUAAUUUAUAUAGUGAAGAAAAAAAGAAGGUAUUAAAUUUGCUCUUUUUAAUUGGAUCGACGUUCUAGUGUCGUAUCUAAAAUUAUUUUUGCGCGAUGCUGGUUUAACCACAUCUGAACAAAAAAAAAAAAAAAAAGAAAAAAAAAACGUACAUAGUAGCAUUAUGGAAUAGAUUUUGAUAAAACUUAGAAAUCUAAAAGAAUCCUUUUGAUAUUACAUCUAAGAUUUUAAAAGUCUAUAUUUUAUAUCUAAAAUUUUAUAUGUAUUUGAAAAUAAACGAUAUUGUCAAUAAAAUUUAUUCAUAAAAGAUAAA